ACUUUUUUUCCUGAACUGUUUGAAUCUUUUACUAGUUGACCGGUUGGUCAACCGGCCGGGCAACCGGCUGGUUGGCCGGUGUACCUCUUUCAACGGUUAGUAACAGUGAUUUGGUAAAAUCUGUGUCUCGUUCUCAGUUUGAUGCUUUUUUGGCUGAAAUCUCAUUUUGAUAUCAAUCUGGUGCAACGGUUAGAGCAUAAAAAAGUACAUUUUUCAUCAAAAUUUGAAUCUGAUAUCAACUUUGAUUCACCGUUAGAGAUGGUCUUACAAACAUAUAUACAUACAUGCGUAUAAAACAAAAACAAAAAAAACAAAUAAUCAUAGCUAACUAGCCAAUAUUUAACUGUCCCAAAGUCUUUGAUUUUGCUUUAAAAAUAAUAACAAAAAGUCCAACCUUUGAAUGAGAAAACCCCUUUUCUUCAUUGAUUAUUCUAAAUUCUGAUAUUAUCACUCUACUUGUCGGCGCGAUUUUUCUUAAUAUUUUACAAUAAUAAUAUAAUUUUAUACUAUGCUGACUACCCGAACAUCAAAAAUAAAGAAAUAAAUAAAUAAAUCAAGCAUUGUAAUAAGAAGAAAUGGCCAAACUUUGAGUCAUUUUUAUUACGGUUCGUAAUACAAAUUCCGAUAUAAAGAAUCAACUCAUUUCAAAUAGAUAGAAGAUUGAGAAACUCACUUUCAGAAAAUAUAGUCAUCCAUGGAUGUUCAUAACCAACAACAUCCAUGCGAUGCCUACAAACAAGCUGAAGUAGUUGUAAUCAUGGUGCCUUUUCCAUGCUAUAGCCACCUCAACCAGGUUCUCCAGCUCUCCUGCCUAAUCUCUUCCUACAACAUACCCGUUCACUACGCUUGCUCUGCCACCCACGUGCACCAGGCUAAACUCCGCUUCAAUGCCACAAACCGCCUUUCCUAUGCCCAAAUCCAUUUCCAUGAGUUCCCUACCCCUCCUUUCCUCUCUCCUCCCCCCGACCCCAAUUCUAAAUUUCCAACACAUCUCAUACCAUCCUUUGAAGCCUCUUUGCAACUCCGUGACCCCAUGACUGAAUUCUUGCACAAAAUCUCCCCCAUGGCUAGAAGAGUUGCUGUUGUCCACGACGUCCUCAUGGCUUAUGUGGUUCAGGACACCGCUACCAUACCAAAUACUGAAACUUAUGCUUUUAACCCUGUUGGCACGUUCACUUCGUUCUUCAACGGAUGGCAAAUGAUGGGAAAGCCUUUCCAGGUAGAUGAACCACAAGGGUUACCAUCUGAUGAAGGAUGUGUCCCUUCCGAGAUCCGGAGUUUACUAACCCUCCAAACUGAUUUUUUGAAAUCUACAUCUGGAACUAUCAUCAACUCGUGCAGAUCAAUUGAAGGUACUUACAUUGAUUUAUGGAAAGAGGUACAGGUUGACAAAAACAAACAGAUAUGGGCAGUUGGGCCAUUGAACACCGGAGCGGUAGAUAAUGGCAGAAAUUCAAAUAGCCAACACAAAUGUUUGGAAUGGCUUGACAAACAAGACCCAAAAUCUGUGUUAUAUGUUUCGUUUGGAACGACAACUUCAUUGACAAAUCAACAGAUCAAAGAGCUCGCCAUUGGGUUGGAACAGAGCGGACAAAAAUUCAUCUGGGUGUUGAGAGAUGCCGAUAAAGGGGACAUUUUCUCAGGUGAUGUUAAGAGAGCUGAAGUAUUGCCAGAAGGUUAUGAAGAGAGACUGAAAGGAGUUGGAUUGGUGGUGAGAGAUUGGGCACCACAACUUGAAAUUUUGGCGCACCAAUCUACAGGCGGGUUCAUGAGUCACUGUGGAUGGAAUUCAUGCCUGGAGAGCAUCACUAUGGGAUUGCCGAUUGUAGCCUGGCCGAUGCACUCAGAUCAACCGAAGAAUGCAUUUCUCGUGACAGACAUAUUGAAGGCUGGUGUGGCUGUUAAACAAUGGGCAGAACUUCAGGAGUCGGUAGUGGCUUCAUCAACCAUUGCAGAAGCUGUCAAGAAGCUAAUGGCAUCCAGAGAAGGGGAGGAGAUGAGGACGAGGGCGGAGGAAUUGGGAGGUGCCACCCGGAAGGCCGUAGAGGAAGGUGGUGUUUCUCGAAUGGAAUUGGAUUCGUUCAUUGCUCACAUAACUCGGUAGAUUUGUUUAUUGAUUCAGGAUGAAUUGGCUUUCCUUGCAUUGGAUUGUAGUCCAGACCUCUGAAAUCACAACAAUCUGGAAAUAAGUAUUUGAUCAAUAAAAAUCAUUUUAGUAAUA